GAAACAAACAGGUAGCCCAGCCAGAGGGCGGUGGUGCUAUUGCGCACAAGGCGCUAACCCUGCGCAAACUAUAACUGAAUGCAUGUUCUCUGAUCAGUUGUUAUGGAUCAAUGUGGAGGGAGAGAUGAUUUUUUUUUUACUUUAAUACAUCUGCAGGAACCUCAAUGAUGCUCCACUGGAGGCUCUGAAGUCUGUGCGCGCUGCGACGGAUCAGUUUUGGAGUCGCCAGCAGUGCGCUUUAGCUGGACAGAGGACACACGAUCACGAGGACAAGUCGCAUCGUUUUCUUAAAGUUUUCUACCUUCUUUGCAUGUAUUUUUAUCAGUGGAUAUCUUAUUUUAAAGUACUCUACGUUUGAAGCUGUUUACAUUGUGUGUGUUUUUUAAUUAUUUAAUAUGGGGGUAAGCGUGCGUAUCCUACAUAAAUGUUUUCGCUCUGUAAGUUCAGCCCUGCGCCAUCUCUCCUAAACUCUCAUCUUUGCAUUUAGUUAGUAUAUUUUAGCUGAACACUGUAGGGGUUUAAAACGCCAGUGGGAAAUGGCCAGCGAGCGGAAGCCACGGCUUUGUGUCAUGGUAAAAGCGGAGACCGGGUAUGGAUUUCACUUGCAUGGUGAGAAAGGGAAGAGCGGACAAUUCAUUCGCAAAGUGGAGCCUGGCUCCCCUGCAGAAGCGACAGGACUGCGAGCCGGGGACCGAGUGGUUGCAGUGAAUGGGGUUAACGUGGAAAAAGAGACACACCACCAGGUGGUACAGCGGAUCAAAGCUGUGGACAAUGAGACCAGGUUGCUGGUGGUGGACCAUGAGACGUAUGAAAGUUUGCGCAGCCUCCGCCUCACAGCCACAGAGGAUAUGGCUGUCCUCAGGGCCGGGCUUCCUUCCUCCUCCUCUCCCCCGGCCUCCCCCUCACCUCCCCCAUCUUCGGUCCCAUCCUCCCCCAGCAAGAAGCGGGAGAAUGGCUCGGUGUCCAAGCAGGUGCAGAAGCCCACCAGGAGGUCACCAUCAAAGGCUGUGAAGAAGGAGGCUGUUGCUCAGGCUGUAGCCCACACCCAGCCCCAAUCCCAAUCACAGCCCCAAGUCGACCCGCCCGAGCUUGUUCCACGUCUGUGCCACCUGCUGCGGUCCGACACAGGCUACGGCUUCAACCUCCACAGUGAUCGGUCCAGGCCCGGACAGUACAUCCGCUCGUUGGACCCAGGAUCACCUGCAGACCACGCCGGGCUACGGCCACAAGACAGGCUCAUUGAGGUAAAUGGUGUGAACGUCGAGGGCAUGCGGCAUGCCGAGGUGGUGGCCUUCAUAAAGAAAGGGGGAGAUGAGACCUGGCUGUUGGUGGUGGACCCAGACACAGACGAACACUUCAAGACGAUGGGCGUUGUCCCCACAGUCAGCCAUCUCAGAGACUAUGAUGGUCCAUCCAUUUCCAACGGCUCCCACAAUCCUCAGAUCAACGGCAGCUCCACCACACAGUCCAUCAGGUCCACGCACUCUGACCUCAGCAGCCAUGGCAACAGCACACAGCUGGCGGACGAUGAGGGUGGCCGGCUGAUGGACCCGUUCGCUGAGAUGGGCCUGAGCGCUACGGCAGCAGAAGAAAAGAUGAAGGUCCAUGCCAAAGAAAAGAAGAAGGCGCCACAGAUGGACUGGAUGAAAAAGUAUGAGCUGUUCAGCAACUUCUGAGAUAUACGCCUCCAAGGACACCACAAACAACCAAAGGACAGAGAUAUGAGCUCUCUGUGUGAAGAGAAAGAAUCAAGAUCCAUCAUACAACAUAAGAUAUUUUGUUCCUGGAAUUAAAUGUGACAAAAGAAAAGAGUUGUGCUAUGGAUUUCACUUUUUAUGCCACUUCAGAGACCCUUUACGAUCUUCUUUUCCCUCUUCAAAGCACAACAUGAAGAAAAGUGCUGACUGCAAAAUCUGUGUAUACUUACAAUCAUACUCUUCAGAAGCAAGAGCAUCUUUAAACAUUUCAUACAUGUACUUCUGUCAGGUGGGAGUGUUGCAAGCAAGUUUUUACAAAUUUACCUAUAUCCCUAUCACUUACAUCCUCCCAUUCUCCCCACUCCUAGGGACUUGUUUCAGACAAAUGAAGUACAGACCGUUAUUUUUAUAUUUAAAAAAAAUAUAUAUGAACAACCAUAAAAAGAAAACAGUAUCUCAUCAUCAUGGACUGCAUUUGAAAGAGUUGUAUGGACAUUGUAAUAAAAAUGAUUGUGGACAUAGUGGGAGUUUUGGGCUCAGGGGAUGCCCAAAGUUAGCAAAAGAUCACUGUGAAAGAGUUGAGACUCCCCCUCCAGCCCAUGCAGAUGUUUCAUAACUCACAAAGAAAAGGAUGGCUGUGUAUACUGGUUGUGUGUAACAUCUCCUACUUGUAUAUUUACAGACAGUUUAUUAACUGAUUAUCAAAUCAGCCCAAAAAAUAAUUCCUGUUACUUGUUAUUUAGCACUCAUUUUAAUAAUGUAUCACCACUAACCUCUUUUCCCAAAGCGCUCCAGUGCACAUGUGCAUAACAAAGGGAAGCACCACUAACUUAAAUGGACAACAAUGGAAACUGGAAUGUAGAAGAAAGGAAAGUUUUCUCAGGUUCAAAUGGCAUGAUGAAUUAGUUUAUCAUUGGAGGAGGCUUGAUGUGUACAGCAGAGGGCAAGCUUACAACACAGAUAGAUAAAUGGCACUUAAACUAAACAGUAGAUCUUUAUGCUGGCUGUUUUAUUGGGGUUGUGUCAGACUAUUUCUUAGUUAGAAGCAGUAACUUCCUGGAGUUGCCACUGGUUGCCUUGCAACAGCUCAACGCAAAGAAACAUUCCGGCACAAAACUGCAAAUUAUUUAUUUUUACGAGCUAUAACGUGAGCUUUUGAGGUGCCAGGCUUGCAGUUUCCCCCUGUUUGUAGUCUCUAUGCUAUGCUAAGCUAACUGGGUAAUCGCUAUAGCUUCAUAUUUACUGUAGAGACACAAGAGUGGGAUAAAUCUUAUUCUCUAACUUUCCACCAGAAAGCAAACAAGAGUAUUUCCCAAAAAUGUCAUACUGUCUCUUUUAUUAAAUAAGGGCCCGGCAAGAAAGGGGAGUUAAGGCUCAAAGGUGCAACUAGCAGAAGCAGAUAUGUUGGAGUGAAGAGAUGUGAGCAGCUACAACAUGAGCAGUUGUAGUUGAGUGUGAGCAGGUUGUGGGGCAAAGGGAGUGUAGGAGAGGCUAUACAGUGAGGUCAGAGAUGCUCUGGAGGAUCUAGUGACAGAGACUGUGGGAGCCAUAGAGCUUAUUGAGGAUUAUUACACACACACUAGAACAGCUGUCAUACACACCGUGUGUGUGUGCGUGUGCUUGUGCAUGUGUGCAUGUUUGUGUGUGUUUAGAAGGUAAUCAUGCUGCAUUCCAAGCAGUGUUGAUAUAAUGUAUUACAACAAGCGGGACUGUGAGUUGAGUCAUUCAUGUGGACAUCUUGUCUUUCUUUGCACCCAUUCACACCCUUACAAAGCCUACACUAACAAUAGUGUCUUGAUUCUUCAGUCUGUGUGCAGUAGGGCUCACUCUGUAUGUUCUGACAGUCACAAAACUCUGUUACCAUGGCUGAUGUAUAUACAGUAAAAGCAUACAGCAUGUAUGACAGGUUGCAUUUUUUCAAGUGUGACAAUGACGUUUUUGAACAUAUUAAAUUGUUGCCACCAUC